CAACCAAUCAUAUUCGAUCUUAAAAAAAAAACUCUCCAUACAGUUCUUCCUGCCUCGCUGCGACUUCGCUACUUUGAUCCAGAAAAUAUAUUUACCGAAAAAUCUCGUAAGAGAAGUGAUGAUAAAGCAAUUUCGUUAAUCUACGAGAUUUCAGACGGCACUCUCUCAAUACGUAAGGGAAGGGAAGAUAAAACAAGUUUGUCAACCCAUGAGACCUCAGACGACUGGCUCUCGGUAGUAUUGGUGAUGGCAAAACUUCGCUCUCUGUCUACCUGGUUUCUGGCGGCCUUGGUGUCGUCUUGUGCGGCACUCAAUGCUGAGCUUGUCAUUUCAAACGCCAUAAUCGCCCCCGACGGUUUUCCAAUAGAUGCCAUCGUAGUCAAUGGUCAAACCCCUGGACCAGUCCUCUGUGCACAGAAGGGCGAACGCUUUCAAGUGAACGUCACAGAUUUGUUGGUGGAUGAGUCGAUGAACAUUAGCACGACCGUUCAUUGGCAUGGAAUCAAGCAGCAUGGGUCGGCCCAGAUGGAUGGAACGGCCAUGGUGACUCAGUGCCCCAUCGCGUCUGAGGAUUCGUUUAUGUAUGACUUCACGCCAGCAAACCAGACGGGUUCAUAUUGGUACCAUUCACACUUCCAGCUCCAGUACUGCGAAGGUGUGAGAGGAGCCUUGGUCAUCUAUGACCCAGAGGAUCCUUACCAGGGCUUGUAUGACUUCGAUAACGAAUCGACCAUCAUUACUCUUGUGGAUUGGUACCACGUGAACGCCUAUGAUGUUGGCUUUACCGACAAUCCUGCCUCGACUCUCAUUAAUGGUGCAGGGCGUUAUCCAGGUGGACCACUGGUACCUCUUUCAGUCGUGCAAGUCACGCCAGGAGUACGCUACCGUAUUCGGUUAAUGAGUAUGGCAUGCAAAACAAACUACGUGUUUACGAUCGACAACCACGUUUUUACGGUCAUCGAGGCCGACAGUGAAUACACGACGCCUCUGGAAGUCGACUCGAUCCAAAUUCUGGCCGGGCAACGGUACUCUUUCAUCCUGGUUGCAAACCAGCCGGUCGACAACUACUGGAUUCAUGCGAUGCCCAAUUACGAUACCACCUUUACAGGAGGUCUCCACUCUGCGAUACUUAGAUAUGAUGGUGCUCUGCCAAUAGACCCCAUCUACAGAAAUUCCACUUCGAAAGCCCCUCUAUUGGAACAGAACUUGCAUGCGUUGGUAGACCCCGCAGCCCCUGGUGUCGCGGAGCUUGGUGCCGCAGACGUGUCGCUAAAUCUAGUAUCCGUAUGGGAUGACAACUUGAGGUUUCUCAUCAAUGGCUACACCUAUACCUCGCCCUCCACUCCAAUCUUACAACAAAUUUUAAGCGGAAAUUUGAGCGUUUCUGGUCUGCUACCCUAUGGAUCGGUUUAUACCUUGCCUGCCAACAAAACCAUCGAGCUGUCUAUUCCCGGCGGACAGCCUGAGGGACCGCAUCCUUUCCACUUACACGGUCACAGCUUCUCUGUGGUGAGAAGUGCUGGAACUGAGGUCUACAACUACGCCAAUCCUGUACGACGGGAUACGACGGGCAAUGGUGAAUCAGGUGACAACGUGACAAUUCGCUUUAGAACCGAUAAUCCAGGGCCAUGGAUCUUUCACUGCCACAUUGACUUCCACCUGGCACAGGGUAUGGCUGUGGUCUUCGCAGAGGAUACCAAUGAUACUGCAUCAGCCCUUAAUAUAACAAGCCCAUGGAAGCAGUUAUGUCCCACCUACAACGCCUUGGAACCAUCGGAACAAAGCGUGGAGCAGCAUCGCCGACGUCAUAUAAAACACCGAAUCGGUCAUUGAUUCUGUGUGCAGCUUUCGAAUACCAGCAUACUUUAUUCGAUUUAUCAUAACAUUCCUGACGGACCUCCCUCCUUAGGCCUUAGAGUUUAUACGUUCAGAAUUUCCUGCGAUAUAUCCUGCGCUUUUCGGUCCUUACUCCUGUUUGUCCUUGCUCCGUUACCAUUCUAUUUGAAGGACUUGUCGUUUACCCUUUGUUUUGUCGUGGACGUGUCUUCAUCUGCUUUGCUAUCUCCAUCUACCUUAGUUCCUCCCGUUUCGCUUGUUGUAACAGACCAGCAGAUAAUAAAUGGUUGUGUCUAUUGUA